AUGUCGAACCGCAAUCUCUGCACCGCAGCAACGGUCUCCUGUCUAACAGCAGCACUGUUCGGGUACUCGGUUGGCUUCAUCGGAGGCGAGAUUGUUCUUCCCUCGUUUCUCCUCCAUUUCAACCUUGACGACCUUCCUCCUCAGGAGUUGGCGACAGCUAGGUCAUGGGCGGUGACCGCAUGGAUCGUCGGUGCGCUUGUAGGCGUGCCCUCGGCUAUGCCUGUGUAUGUCAACACGCUUCUUGAGUCACAUCAACAGCGAGAUCUAUCAGCAAUGCCUUCGACUGUCGCAGAUACCAUUGACACGGGCCGACUACUGAACGGCAUGGGUGUCGGCGCUGGCACCCUCGUCUCACCGAUCUACAUCUCCGAGAUCUCGCCCGCGCCGCAAAGAGGAAUGCUCAUGUCUGGGUAUCAAGUCCUCGUGCAAUUGGGAGCACUCAUCGGCUUCUGGAUGGCCUUCAUCGCACAGGCUACGUUAUCCGAUCACGGCUCGCUCCAGUGGCAGAUACCGGUGUCCCUUCAGCUCAUAGCUGGAGCCAUGUUGCUACUGGGGACUUUAGUGGUGCCCGAUUCACCCCGAUAUCUCGCUGCGAAGGAGAAGUACGGUGCUAUGGAGAAGGCACUCUCAUGGCUCCGUCGACUGGACCCUACUGACCCUCAACUCGUGGAAGAGCGUAUGGAGAUCGAAGCUGCGGCGAAUCUCAGCAAUAAGCUCAAAGAGCACUCAUUCUUCAACGAACUGCGCAAAGAGGAUGUUCGCCACCGUCUCACUGUCGGUGUGGGUUUAAUGGUUGCCCAGAAUAUGGUCGGUCUGAACGCUUUGAACUAUUACGCUCCGGUGAUCUUCAUGUCAGCCGGUUUCACCUCGGUUUCCUCCUCCCUGUUCUUGACCGGCAUAUUCGGCGUUGUCAAGCUCGUGUCGUCCCUGGCGUUCAUGUUUAAAUGCGUUCACGUCAAAGGCAAUCGCUUCUGGCUGGAGCUGGGGACCACUGUCUGCGCCAUCUCCAUGCUGGUGCUCGGCUACUGCGUCAGCGCAUCUCCGUCACCCGAAGAACAGCAUGAGGGCUCCAUCACAGCGGUUGGCAUUGUCGGAGUGCUCAUGGUUUACGUCUUCUCGUUCUUCUUCGGGGUUUCACUCGGUCCCAUCUCCUGGAACGUUUGCGCCGAAAUAUUCCCGCUUCACAUCAACUCGACUUGUUGCGCUAUCACGACUUGUACGCAGUGGGCGUUCCAGAUCCUCAUCGCUGCGAUUACACCGCCUUUGCUGGCAACAAUCGGAUGGGCGACAUACGUGAUCUACGGCGGAUUCUGCAUACUAUCGCUGGUUUGGAUCGUCUUCUGUGUUCCUGAGACAAGAGGAGUCGGUGUUGGGAAGCCAAUGGACGAGAUAUUCGGCGCGGAUAUGGCUCCGGAGGAAGAAGCGAUUGUGGAGGCAUCAGAGACAACAGCACUGCUUGUGCAUGACCGCCGGCGAAGGAGCUCUUUGACGGCAUAUACGUAA